AUGGCAGAGCUGCGCGAGCCUGCCAAAAGGUCUCACCUAGGCAAACUGAUUCAUUCUCCUUCAGCGACGACUGAUAUCUCUUCGCUGGAUCCGAGACUAGAAGCUGAACAAGCAGCCGAGAUUAACGCUGACCAGCUCGCCGCUCUGCACAACAGAUCAGCCACUUCUCCCUGCUCUCUGCCCUCUAGCAGCUCGCCGCUCUCUAGCAGCUUGCCGCUCACAAGCAGCAUGCCGCUUCAAGCAACCAGCCACCCCCGCAGCUCUUCUCCUCAGCUCGCCGCCCCCGAGCAGCCCCUGAUUGGCGUACCGCUUCCGGCAGCCAGAUCAGUUUGCCACUCCCCAGCAGCUCUGCUCCCUCGCCGCUUCACAAGCACCCGGUCAGCACAAUGCUUGCGAGCCACCUGCAGUGUCGAUUGUGCUUCGGCGCUUCCACCUGCUUUUGCUGAGGUUUGUAUAAAAAGAGCAAAUUUUGCGGCGUUGUUUCAAAUGUUGCACCACAGCUGGGGCUCGUGCGCUGAUGACGGGCAUGAUGAGUGCGUGCGAUGCCUGGGGAAGUCCCACGCUGAAGCCCCGGCUAUGCAAUACUUUUGCCCAAGCGCUUGUCUUCGUCUGCCUGAGUUACCCCAAGUCAGCGCCGACUCAGGGCAACCUGGUGAGAGGGAGGAGAGGCAGGGUCAGGUGUCCGACCAUAGCACCCAGAAUCUCCAGGGACACAAUGAAGGAGUAAGCAUUCCCUCAAAUACCAACAAUUUAUCAGACGACAAGCAACAUCAAGAUAGGCAAGCCAGCCAGGAAACAGGUCAGCAAGUUCGGGCCAUUGAGGGAGAGGAAAAGAGGAAAAAGCUAGUGCUGUGGCCAACAGCAACAGCCAUAAAAGACUGGGAGUCUUUCGACGGGGAGAUAGACCAAGUCCUGGAGUCUGUCCUCGCGGAUGACAUUGGCAGGAAGAAUAAAGGCAAUGUCCACUAUUAUCUGGAAGAUGGGAAUAUUCAGCAAAGGGAUAGAAGGAGGCAGGAAAAGGAGAGGGUCAAGUUCACAAAAAACCCCUUCAAGUACCUGUCAGGGCUCCUUGGAGUAAAAAGAUCAGGAAUGCUAAAGGCCCCGAAGGAGGAGGUAGAAGAGCAUCUCCGUAAAGUGCACAGUGACCCAAGGCGAGAGGAAGAACUCGACCUGGAAGGAAAGCUGUGCAGCCCAGAGGAGCCGACCUUCUCCUUUGAGAACGGAGAGCCCAGAUGGCAGGAAGUCAACGACUUCAUCCAAAAGGUGAGGGGAAGAUCUGCACCAGGGUCGAAUGGAAUUCCGUAUAGAGUUUACAAGAACUGUGAGAGGCUGAGGAGACGUCUUUGGAGGCUACUUAAGGUAGUGUGGAGGAAGAAUCAUCUGCCAGACAGUUUUUUUAUUGCCGAGGGAAGGCUGAAGAGGCUGACCCAGUUCUUGAUUAACAACAAGUACAUUGACACCUCUGUUCAGAAAGGUGGAGUACCAGGAGUUCCCGGUUGCAUCGAACACAACAGCGUCAUCUCCAAGAUCAUCGAGGACGCGAAGAGGAACCAGGGAGAUUUAUCUGUCCUGUGGCUUGACCUAACGAAUGCUUAUGGCACAGUGCCACACAAGUUGGUUGACCACACACUCAGACACUCAGAGCCUAUCACGUCCCCCAGAAGGUGUGGCUGCUACAACUACUUCGGGAACUUUAAAAUGCACUUCACCUCUGGUGACUUCACCACCAACUGGCAGAGUUUGGAGGUCGAAAUCGUUACUGGAUGUACCAUCUCUGUGAUUCUGUUUCUCAGCAGCGAUGAACCUCCUCCUCAUGUGGCUCAAGUGCAAGGUCAGUCCCGGAGGGCGGAUUUGGUAGAGCUCACCACAGCAGCUAGGAUGGAGUUGAAACCCUCAAAAUCGAGAAGCUUGGUACUGAAACAGGGCCAUGUGCAGGACCGCUUCUGUUUUAAGAUCGGUGAAGAUACCAUCCCAACAGUCACAGAGAAGACAGUAAAGAGCUUAGGGAGGUGGUACAGAGGCGACCUGACUGGCAAAGCAAGUGUGAAGGAGAUGAUCAAUCUAGCAGAAGAAUGGCUGAAAGCCCUGGAGAAGAGUGGCCUGCCCGGCAAGUACAAGGUAUGGGGCUACCAACACGGCAUCCUUCCAAGGCUCCUGUGGCCACUGCUUGUGUAUCAUGUUCCCUUGACAUCAGUGGAGACAUUGGAAAGGAGAAUUAACAACUUCUUUAGGAGGUGGCUGUCAGUCCCCAAAAGCUUUUGCUCUAUAGGGCUAUACAGCUCAGGGAGCAAAUUGCAAUUGCCAAUUACUUCAGUCAUGGAGGAAUUUAAGACAGCCAAAGUUCGGUUGGCCAUGAUGUUGCACGACAGUAAUGACCAGGCUGUGCGACAGGCCAUCAUCGUAGUGAAGACGGGACGGAAGUGGAAGGCCAGCGGAGUUCUGAGGGAAGCGGAGGAGCGCUUACAGCAUGGAGACAUCAUGGGCAUGGUGACCCUGGGGAGGCUGGUCCUGGGAGUCAUCACCCGAGCAAGCUGGAAGGAGGCAAGGGCAAAGGACCGGAAAGGGAUGGUGCAGAAGGAGAUUAGGGCUGUGGAGGAGGAGAGUAGACAAGCCAGGGCAGUAGCUAUGAAACAGCAAGGUAGCUGGACCCGGUGGGAAAGUGUCAGAGGAAGAUCCCUCUGUUGGAAGGACAUCUGGAAUAUGGAGGGGCAUCGAAUAAAGUUUCUCCUUAGCUCUGUGUAUGACGUCCUGCCAACACCAACAAACCUCCAAAGAUGGAGACUGACAGAGCUCCUUCCUGUGCGCUGUGCAAGAGACUGGCAAACCUGGAGCACAUUCUGUCAUCUUGUCGGGCAGGCCUGACUGAAGGGAAGUUCAGGUGGCACCAUGAUCAGGUGCUGGCACAGCUGGCUGAUGGACUGGAGAAGGAGAGGAAGCGGAAAAGAACUAAGGCACAAGAUAAAAAAAAACCCCGCUUCAUUUGCUUCAUCAGGCCUGGAGAGAAGGCAAACAAGGAGGACAGAUGUCUAGGGAUGCUUGGUAUGGCAGAGGACUGAGAGAUAAGAGUUGACCUCGGAAGGCAACUCAAGUUUCCAGAGGAGAUUGCCAGGACCAGCCUCCGACCAGAUAUCGUGCUCUGGUCCCAGGCAACAAGGCAGGUGGCCCUAAUAGAGCUGACGGUCCUUUGGGAGAAAAGGAUCGAGGAGGCACAUGAACGCAAGCCAGGGAAGUAUCAGUCCCUCAUCUCUG